GGUUGACGCUGUUCCUGCCUCCAGCAAUCCGCCAUCACCUUGCCCCUCGCGCCAUGGCGCCCGCCUGCCUCCUAUUGCCACUCCUCCUGCUCCCCUUCGCCCCAGGUCCAGCACAGGCCGCGACGCCGGCAAGGUCUCCGUCGGCGUCAGCAUCAUCCUCCUCCACGUCCGUCGUGUUCCAGCUCCAGGGCGACGUAUAUCCCACCGGGCAUUACUAUGCCACCAUGAACAUUGGGGAUCCGGCGAGGCCCUACUUCUUGGACAUUGACACCGGCAGUGACCUCACUUGGCCGCAGUGCGACGCUCCCUACCAAAGCUGCAACAAGGUAGAGUACUAGAGUACGCGUCAGUGUGAAAUCUAAUCCAAUACUAGUUUGAGCAUAACUGCAUUCAAAAUUCCAGUUACUGGUCACUAUUCUAAUGCAGUAUAGAAAAAUUUCGAUUUAACGAUGCCACAUUGUUGACCUUCGA